GCGUCAAACCCGCCGUAUCUCCUGCAGCAACCCCUCCAUCUCCACCAUGAGUGUUAUCGGAAGUCGACUUGCAGGCCAAGUGGCCGUGGUCACGGGCGCUGCCGGCGGUAUCGGCCGCAAGUCGGCAAUCCUGUUCGCUAAGCAGGGUGCCAAGGGCGUCGUGUGCGCCGACGUGAACGCCGACGCCGCGGCUGAGACCGUCCAGCUUGUGCAAGAAGAGCUCAAGAAGCUUGGCAAGAGCGACACAGUGGCUCUCGCUGUCCAGGCUGAUGUGUCCAAGGCCAGCGACGUGGAAAACAUGGUGAACGUGGCCGAGAAGGAGUUCGGCUCCCUCAACGUGCUCUUCAACAACGCCGGCAUCAUGCACAGCGCCGACGACGACGCUAUCGCAACGCAGGAGGACGUGUGGGACCUCACCAUGAACAUCAACGUUAAGGGCGUCUUCCUCGGUUGCAAGUACGGUAUCCCGGCCAUGCGGCGUGCCGGCGGUGGCUCUAUCAUUAACACGGCUUCGUUUGUGGGCAUCCUGGGUGCCGCUACGCCCCAGCUCGCCUACACGUCCAGCAAGGGCGCCGUCAUCGCCAUGUCCCGUGAGCUAGCCACGAUCCACGCCCGUGAAAACAUUCGCGUCAACGCUCUGUGCCCCGGUCCGCUCAAUACCGAACUGUUGCAGAAGUUCUUGGACACGGAGGAGAAGAAGCAGCGUCGUCUAGUGCACGUGCCUAUGGGUCGCUUUGGAGAGGCUGCUGAGAUGGCCAAGGCUGCACUCUUCCUGGCUAGUGACGACGCGUCGUACAUCACUGGCACGUCUUUCGUUGUUGACGGCGGCAUUACGUCUGCCUACGUGACGAGCGAGGGACGAGUGGACCCCUUCGGAGGCCCCAGCGAGGUGUAAGAGGAAGGAACCAAUGGAUUCCACGUAGGUUUGAGAACGACAGUAGAGAAAUCAUUUUCUAACACACAAAACAUGUAGCCCGCGUUACAUUAGUCGACGAGACACGGUCCUUCAGUACGAAAUCUAAAAUAACGAUGUGACUUGUUGCUGUUUGAGCCGAAUCCAAGCAAACAGCAAGUCGAUUGGUUUCAUCACG